GCCUCCACCCCACUCCCCUUCGCUAGAAAGGAAGCCAGAGCUGAGCAAAGAGUAGGAGGUUGUGCUUGCUGUCUCCUCAUUUUCAUCAGCACUGAAUGCUCAGGAGCCCGGUCCGCCCAGGAGCACAGGGUCUUGAGUCAGUCACAAGCCUCCUGACAUCACAGGAGCAGUGCCGACAUCGCUCAACAGAAUACUGUUCACUAGUCACUGACAGGUGAGUCCUGGGAGCCUGGAGCAUGAACUACACUAACCCCACCUCCCCAUGCCACUGGGCAGGGUCAGUUAGGGAAGCAGGCGGACUUUCAUGAGAGUAGAAUGAAUGGAGGGGGGGAGGGGUCUCGUGCUAUGGUGGGCCUAAAGUCAGUGGUCUGAAACUCUGCACUUCAGACAGUCUCCAGGCAAUGCUGGUGCUAUAGCGCCUCAGACCACACCUGAGGAACAAGAGGAUAUGACGAAGGACUCAGACGCAGGCAUUACAGAGAGAGGCUCACAGACAGCCUGCAUGCUUCCACUUCACCUGGCAAGUGAUUUCUCAGGCUCAACUCAAGUGCAAGCUCACUGAAGCUGCCACCACAUCCCACAGACAAUCUCAGCAAGACGAGGGAAUGUGUCAGGUUGCUUUUUCAAAAACCAAGCAAGAACCUAGCUUCACAGAGGAAAAUGCCAAUCUCUCCUCCAGUGCUCCCCUAGGCUCCUUUGGGGUCACUGUUGUGAUGACACGAGGCCCCCGAGGUGGAUGACUUGUCCUGAGAAACCAUCGCAAAUAUGAACCUGGCUAAACCAGGGGACUUUGAAGCCAUGGGAGCCAAGCUGGGAGUGUUGGAUGCAGAAUGGUCACUAGGUUGUAGUGGCUCCAGGUGUGUAUGAGCAGGAGGGUGGGGAGAGAUGCCUGGCAAGGUUGUGGCCAUCAUGAAUGUGAGUGUCUGUGCAGAGGAUGGGGCUAUGGGUACAGCGGUGGGGGCUACAGGUACAGGGGUGGGAGCCAAAGUGCACAGUUUGGGGAUAUGGGUAAGGCCUCCUCCAUCUCCAUCCUUAGCACCACCAACAACCCUGAAUUCCAAGAAACUCUCCCUGGGCACCGGAGGUGAAGGUGUCUCCUUCUGCUCUCCUGUGAGUUGGAAUCAAGUCCGCCAGGAGAGGAAAUCUGGACAACCCACACCUUCUCAGACUUGCUCUUUGGUUGGAAGGUUGGAACUGUCACAGACCACCUUCUAAGGGAACUUCAAGCUGAGAGGGAAUGGCGGGGCCACCACUGCCCCACAGACAACACUGACCCAACAGUCUCUGCCUGCACACCCCCACUCCUGGUCCACCCACUCCCUCAAAGACAACCAGCUCCCUGAUGCUACAGAACUGACCUCCAGAAAAUGUGGAAUCUCAAACUCCACUGCCCAGAGGCACACUGGCUCAGUAUCCAGCUUCCUUCCCCACUCCUCCCUCUUUAGGCUGGGUCUCCUAUGCCCAUUCCUCAGAUCAGCACACAGCUGGUCACAUGUCCCCUGUGAGUGUGUGGUCAGACAUGUAGCAGACAAGUAAGCCUGGGCUGGGAUAGGGACAGGUGCCGGCACCCAACAGGAAGACUGAGCCACUGAAAUCGAUGGGACAGUGUGUGUGGCUCCCUUUUCUGGAAGCCAUCAACCCCACAGGUGUUCUGAGGAGCCAGGGACAUAGAAGCAAGAACAGGGCAGGACAGCUCACAUUCGGAAUGUGUCUCAGAAACUGUCCUGCUACUUCUCAGACCAUGGAGAUGGACUUUCCACUCUCUAUGAAUUGUCCAAUAUCUGGACAUUGUCAAAAAGAGCCCUGAGGUUCUCAAGGAUGAAGAGAGCUCUGCUGAUGGUUGCCACCACGGCCCAAUACUAGAGACAACCAAGCAGAGAUAGGUCUUACAGUCUUCAGGAGGGACAGAGAGAGCAUCCACCUUAGCCUGCCAGGGGCUGGUGCCUGAUCUGCACCUAGGCUUGAAGAUCCUACAAACACUGGGUUAAGUCGUGAUGACAUGAGGUGCUUCACGAUUUCUAUACUUGAAGAACAGGUAAAAUCAUACCUGCAAAAUGCAAGAUUAAGUACUGUAGCAAGGUGCAGAAAUGGCACAGCCCAGAAAUAUCCACAGGGAGGGAAAGCAUUGUCCUUCGUGGAUGAUGAGAUGUAAGAUAACCUUACACUGCAGGCUCUCAGCUCUGCAGAACCUGGAACCAGGCCAUAGCAGGAGCUCAGAGUCUCGCACAGAGGGAGUGCUCCAAGCAUACCUAGGAAUUCCUGAAUCAGAGGAAAUGUAUACCAUUUGAGGAGUGUCUGAGCUCGUUUGGAAUAAGACUGCACGGCCGAUGGUCACUUGAUCAGUGUGCAAUGAGGACCUGACACUUAUCGUGCUGCAGGGAAAGAUGACCUUGUGACCUUGACUUGCUCUCUCUUCCUGUCUCCCACCUGUUCUUAGCCCUGUCGUCCAAAUCAGGGCCAUGUCACCCCAUGGAAGUGGAAACCUCUCAGGGAUGCCUCUAGAGGAGUUUGUGCUGGAGGGGUUUCAGGGGGGUCUGCAGACCCAGGCCCUGCUCUUUGCCCUCUUCCUGGCCCUGUACUUGGCGGCCGUCCUGGGGAACCUCACCAUGAUCGUGGUCAUCACCCUGGACGCCCGUCUGCACUCCCCGAUGUACUUCUUCCUCAAGAACCUCUCCUUCCUGGACCUGUGCUACUCAUCUGUCAUCUACCCCAAGGCCCUGGCCAACGUCCUGUCCUCAGCCAAGGUCAUCUCCUUUGGGGGCUGUGCCUCCCAGUUCUUCUUCUUCUCCAUGAUGGGCACGACUGAGGCCUUCCUCUUGGCCGUGAUGGCCUAUGACCGCUUCCUGGCCAUCUGCAGCCCCCUGCACUAUCCCAUCACCAUGCAGCCCUCAGUCUGUGCCUGCCUGGUGCUGGGCUCCUACUGUGGAGGAUGCCUCAAUGCCAUCCUGCAGACCAGCUUCACAUUCAGCCUCCCCUUCUGCAGCUCCAAACACAUCGACCACUUCUUCUGUGAUGUGGUCCCCCUGCUCAAGCUCACUUGUGCCAAUACGGCCAUCAAUGAGCUGGUCAUGUUUGGCAUCUGCGGGCUCAUCAUCGUGGGCACCACACUCGGGGUCCUCAUCUCCUAUGCCUACAUCACCGUGACCAUCCUGAGGAUGCGCUCGGGAGCAGGCAGACACAAGCUCUUCUCCACCUGUGGCUCCCACAUGACGGCCGUGUCCCUCUUUUAUGGGACCGUCUUUGUCAUGUAUGCCCAGCCGGGAGCGGUGGAGUCCUUGCAGCAGGGCAAGGUGGUCUCUGUCUUCUACACCCUGGUCAUCCCCGUGCUCAACCCCCUCAUCUACAGUCUGCGGAACAAGGAGGUGAAGGAGGCCCUGUGGAGACUGGGGCACAAGCACACUGCACCCUGAGGGAGGGUGACCUGGGAGACAGUGUCCUGAGUGCAGAACAACAGGACUCAGGGGGAGGCAAUGGCUUUGGCUUGAGGAAUUUGUUCCUUUUUUAUCCAGCAUUUCAUUCAACCAUUCCAAGAAGCACAUCAUGGACCAUGUACACAAGUGUGAGUCACUAAAAAAGACACUUGGAUUGCCAUGAAAAAUAAUGUCCCAUGAAGGGAAAAGACCCUAAACUUGACGCCAGAGCAACCCAGCCAGCAGAGCCAUGAGCAAGGGUUGAAACAG